AGAAGAAGCGGCCCUCCGAAAUGGCGAUGGACGGGAUGUCCACGUCUGCAUCAGGACUGCCAUACCAUCAUGUUUCUGAAUACUAUCCCAGGAAACUCGGUCCGAAGCCGGACGUGGUGCCUUCGGGUGUAACCGAGAGGAAAACCGGACCUGCUGAUAAACCUGACAUGGUCUCAGUGGACAUUAUCAACUUCAAGGAUUCAGACACACCAGUACACAGGAAGAAACAAGAAACAGACUCGUAUGUUCUGGGCACCAUUCACCCCUUUCGCAAGUCACACAAGUCCGUCUUUAGCAAGUUCAGCCAGGAGUUCAACUUGGUAACCUCAGAUAGACGGUCAUGGAAGAUCCUACUGUUUGGGGCGCUAAAUGUAAUCUGCACAGCUUCUCUGCUGAUGUGGUGCAACUCCACAAACAGUAUGGCCUUGACAGCGUACACAUACCUCACCGUUUUUGAUCUUUUCAGUUUGAUUACAUGCCUGAUAAGCUCCUGGGUGGCCAUGAAAAAACCAAGUCAAGCUUUUUCAUUUGGUUUCGAGCGCUUUGAGGUGCUGGCAGUGUUUGCCUCUACAGUGCUGAUUCAGCUGGGCGCUUUGUUCAUUCUGAAGGAAAGCUUGGAGCGUUUUAUGGAGCAACCGGAGGUGCACACGGGGCGACUCUUAGUUGGGACUUUUGUGGCUCUUUUUUUCAACCUGCUGACUCUUCUUUCAAUCAAGAACAAGCCCUUUGUCUAUGUUUCUGAAGCUGCCAGCACCAGUUGGCUCCAGGAGCACGUGGCCGACCUGAGCCAAAGUCUAUGUGGGAUCGUCCCAGCAUUGAGCAGCAUCCUUUUGCCGCGAAUGAAUCCCUUCGUCCUUAUCAACCUGGCUGGAGCUUUUGCUCUUGGAAUCACUUACAUGCUCAUCGAGAUUAACAACUAUAAUGCAGUGGACACUGCUUCUGCUGUAGCGAUCGCCCUCAUGACCUUCGGGACCAUGUAUCCCAUGAGUGUGUACAGUGGAAAGGUCCUACUCCAGACCACACCUUCCCAUGUCAUUGGGCAGCUGGACAAAGUGCUUAGAGAGGUCUCUACACUGGAUGGAGUUUUGGAAGUACGAAAUGAACACUUCUGGACAAUAGGCUUUGGCUCUCUGGCCGGGUCCAUCCAUGUGCGCAUCCGGCGGGAUGCCAACGAGCAAAUGGUGCUGGCUCAUGUGACCAACCGACUCUACACACUUGUCUCAACACUCACCGUGCAGAUCUUUAAGGACGAUUGGGCACGUCCGUCCUUGUCCACCGGACCUCUCAACCUCUCCGAUAUGGCAAUUGCGUCUGGAAAGCAACUCGAGGAACCAGAGCCACUGACUUCCACUCCCUCUAAACCGAGCAGCCCACCGCCCGAGUUCUCCUUCAACACACCUGGCAGGAACGUGCGGCCUGUUUUACUCCCAAACAUCCAUCAGCAACGUCCUUAUAACUUAGGUCUUGCAUACGGAUCUUCUCAGUACAACACAAUGCUGGGUCAGGGCUUAACACAUCCAGGAAGCAGCCUAGGUGUGGGUUUGGGCACAGGACCAAGAAUCCCCUCCCUUCAGAGUUAUAGAACUUCAUUUAGCACAGCUCCAAACAUAUACAGAAGCAACCUGCUGCCUUCACAGAGCGGUCAAUAUAAGCACUGAUAUUUUUGUUCGGACUAAGUUGGACUAAGAACAGGCUGACCUACAGAGGACCUUAACUGUUAUGACUAUAUUUAAUUAUUAGGACCAACAGUUCAUAAAGGAUUUUCUAAUAGCAUUAUCUUUUUUUUUUUUUUUUUUUUUUUUUUUUUAUUAAACAGAUAGCAGCUGUAUUAAGAUAUACAUAGUAUGUUGUUUUCCUGCUACUGUUGCUUUAUGAGGGUUGUGUUAUACUGUAAAAGGUCAUAAUUUAUUGUACAUUUUGAAUUCCACAGAAAGCAAAUGAACUUUUGUGGUAAUUCUUUGAUGUUUUAUGAUUUGAUCAAUGGAAACAAGAUUUGCUGCCCUAAAUUGCUUAAAUACAAGCAAAUAUCUGUGUAUUCAAAAUUUAAAGAGGAUUGUAUAAUUAUUUCCAGUACCCACUGAAAUUACUCGUAUCAAGUCACGGUGAAACUAUUUUCAUGGGAAACAUGUCAAUGACCAAAAUGCAACAUCUACAUAUAUUAAAUAUUUCUACUUAAAGGUCUUA